GUGAAAUAGACGUCAUGAAAAUGACUUCGGAAGAAAUUUUAAAAUGCUUUAAUAGAAAGAGGAUAUUUUUGAAAAGGUCUAUUUCGGCGACAGGGAUCGACAUGCCCAACAUUACCACCUUAAAUUUAAGAGAUACCAAAUCAGUGACGUGUAACAUGGAAACUCCGCAAAUGAAACUUAACAAGUCAAAGAAAGAGGAGGACGAUUUUGAUUUUCACGACGCUAUCAAAACCAGAGACAUAUACAGCGGCGACACUAUUCUAGUCAACAGGGAGGCCCUAAUGUACCAAGGCAAGAAAUACAACAUAAACGACAUAGCUUCGGCGUGGAAGAAGGAUUGUAGGAUGUGGCUGUGGAAGAACACCUGGGAAUUUAAGAUGCACAAAUCCGUAGGAGAAAAAAUACGAUGAAGCCACUUAUAGUGUGAAGAAUUAGUCCGUCUAUCUUUAUUUUAUUUUUAUUUUUUGUAUUAUUGUCCAAAGAACAGAGAAAAUGGAAUAAAAAUCUGUCUUCAAUAAAAAAUA